AUGCAGCGCCUGCAUCCCCUGGCCAAGCUAUGUCAACGGUCUUAUGGCUCUAAACUUACCUCGGUCGCGAACUCGCAACUCGAGAUGCCGGGUUUCAAUGUCCCCUUGAAUCUCCCUCCUGCAAAAGAAAGAAAGAAAGCUAAUGAAUUCCAAGCCUCGGGUUGGGUCGGUAAUAGCAUGGAGGAACGGAUUUGGGAAUGCUUUGGACCCAGCCUGCUGUCAGGAGUAAGUAUCGACGGGUCCACGCGAUCGUGCCAGACUCCGGGACUCACUGAUUUAUAG